AUGUCGGUGUCUCUCUCCAGUCACCCCGCAGUGAGGGACAGGAGUCUGGCUGUCUACCCGUCUCUGCCCGGCGCGCACAGCAUCUUCCAUCCGCUCAAGUCUCUGGGCCGCAUGGUGAUCGACGCACAGACAAUCAUGCCGUUUAACUUCGCCGGGACUCCGUCUUUUUUCAGCCACAACAGCCACCAGACCGCGGUGUUCCACGAACAGAUCCUCAACGUGUCCAGCAUGCCGUAUUUCCAGCAUAUGCAGCCGUCACAAAGCAUGUACCCCAGACAUGACAAGCAGAGCACCGGCUCUCCGUCCGAGUUCAGCAGCCCGUCCAGCGGAAAGUCUUCUUCGGCUUCGUCGUCUCCGGUUAAAGCCAGUUUCAGCAGUCUGCAGGCCGCAGAUCCAUUGCCAGAACACACACACACCUACAGUUUUACAGAGGAAGACCUCUUCACUGUCCUGUACGGAUAUUCCAAAAAACAAGGGCAAAAUGUUGGACAUGCGAUCUCUGGACUAUCAUUUCCUCCCAGUACAGCUGAUCGUCGUCUUCUCCCUGUUGAUACCGAAGGAUUUGAACUUCCAGAAGGUUUAUCGAUUCUCCAAACUAAUUGUGGAAGCCUUUCCCAUUAUGGAAUAUUUGCUGAUAAAAGCACAAUUCCAAAAGGCACCAGGUUUGGACCGUUUCAGGGCAAACUUGUAAACACAAGUGAGAUCAAAACCUAUGAUGACAACACUCUCAUGUGGGAGAUCUUUGAGAACGGCCGCUUGAGUCACUUUGUGGAUGGAAGAGGCGCUCCAGGGAAUUGGAUGUCCUUGGUGAAGUGCGCGCGCUUCCCCGAGGAGCAGAACCUGAUUGCGGUCCAGUGUGAAGGCCAGAUACACUAUGAGGCCUGCAAAGAGAUCCGAGCCGGCCAGGAACUCCUGGUCUGGUACGGAGACUGCUAUGUGCAAUUCCUGGGUAUUCCUCUCACCCUCAAAGAUUUUACUGAUGACACUGAGCCAACUGAAGAUUCUGGAGAGGGUUUCAAGUGUGAUCGCUGUGGUAAAGUGUUUGCUUACAAGUACUACAGAGACAAACACUUGAAAUACACGCGCUGCGUGGAUCAGGGCGACAGUUCGUCUCGUCUGUGUGAUGCAUAG